UGUGCAGUAAACCAAAGGAACUUGGAAUGCGAAAUGGUCUGAUCAGUGACUCGCAAAUCUCGGCGUCAUCUCAGUGGGAUAGCAACCACAGCCCAAGCAAUAGCAGAUUGUUCUAUGCACCCCAUAAUGGUAGAACAGGAGCUUGGUCGUCCAAAAUAAAUAAUGUCAAUCAAUGGUUACAGAUUAAUUUUGAGCGACUAACUGCCAUAGUUGGAGUCAGUACCCAGGGGAGAGCAGGAUAUACUCAGUUUGUUAAAAGCUACACAUUGUCUUACAGCCAAGAUGGAUCAACAUUCCAUUUCUAUACAUCAAAUGGUCAUCUCAAG